AUGAGUACUUCAACCCGUCUUCAGCUUCCGUAUUGCGCGCCGGCGGACCAGCUGCCAGCCCCACUCCCUACGUUUGAAGAAAUGCUCUCGGCGAGGUGCAUUACUGACGAUGGUGUCGACGCUGGCGUCCACAACAGAAUAGACCGCAAUUGGCCCUUGGAGAGAGGGGUGAUUCGAGUUGGUGAGCAUUUUGUAGCCAAGUUAGGCACUGAUGUCAAGACAGUUGAGGGCGAGAACAUGCUCUUCGUCAAAAACAACACUGCGAUCCGCGUCCCGGCCGUGUACGCAAUUUACGAGCGCGACAACCUCAACUUCCGAUUCCGUAGGGGUGUAAAGUACCAGGUCAUUGUCAUGGAAUACGUACCUGGAGAAACUCUGUCCUCGAAGUUGGAUUCUCUCGGGAAGGAAGAAGAGGACGCUAUCGCGGUACAGCUGGCAUAUCACUUCUACGAGCUGCGCGGCCUUGCGCCGCCGUCUUACUACGGAGGCCUAGUCGACGGCCAAGAAGCACGGAACUAUCUUUUCAACUCCGUUACACAACUCAGCAGGAACAAUGGCCAGUUCAUGAGGAACGAGCGACUCCGCCUCGGGUACAUGGAGAAGUGGGUACUUGCGCGCGCCGAGUUCACUCGCCCGUCAGACGAAGGCGACGACGCGCCAGUCUUCACGCACGGGUCGCUGCACGCGCAAAACAUCGUCAUUCAGCCAGAUGGCACGGUCUGCCUCAUCGACUGGGAGGACGCCGGGUGGUGCACUGCGGCGCACGAAUAUGUCAUCGCCAUGGACCUGACCCUUGACUGGUCCCGUGACCCGUUGUGGCAGGAGAUGCUCGCAUCUUUUCUGGAUGGCUUUGAGGGGGAGAUGCAAAUUCUUGAAGACCUCAAGGCGGACCGCAGGCGUAGGGAGGUCGAGUACCGGGCCGAGUACUGA